UGAGAGCGCGCGCCACUCAGCGUCCAGCUUCUGUUCUGUCCACUAGCUCUGUUGCUCAUUCAUAGACAAGCACAGACCGUAGGCGCAUGCAAACAUGGCUGAGGAGAUGCAUACCGUUCAUUCCUCGGAUUCAGACACUGGUCCAGAGCACGGGUUGAACAUGCAUAAGCGUCAAUCGCGCGUUACAGUAAAAUACAACCGCAAACAGCUUCAGAAAAGACUGGACGUGGAGAAAUGGAUCGAUGAAGGGCUCGAGAGGCUGUUUGAGGGCCAGGUGAGUGUCCAUGCUCAUCCUCACAGGUGCAGUGUUGACGCUGGAAACUACAAGUUGGACAUGCCAGAGGAAGUGAACAUAGAUGAUUUGUUGGUUCUCUCAAGUGAUGAAGAGCGAACACACAAACUACAGGUUUUUCUGCAAACCUGCACUAGGAACACUGAGGCCUUCAUUGCUGAGCUGUUGCAGAAGCUGCAUGGUCUCCACAAACAGGAAGAGUUGCAGAAUGAAGGAAUUGAGCAUCCCUGCCUCCACACGUACCCACAUCACCAUGGCAACAUCCAUCAUCACAGAGGCAACCAUCAACAUCCAACACAUCAGACACUGUGAUUGUCUCUGUUCCGGAUUAUUGCGGUCACUGGACUGAGCUCCCUAACACACUCAGGACACACAUGCAACAUGCAGUAUCCAACUAGUUUAGCAACUCACUAACUGAGGUGUUUGUUUACAAACUCAUUGGAGUGGUACAUUUAGUAGUGUUCAGUUGUCAAAUUGCCCCCACACUUCGUAUGAUAAAUAUUUGCCGUAGCAAUAAUUUGUUUGCUGGGCUAUUUUUUUUGCUUGUUGACCGGGUUAUGUUUGAACUAGCAGUAUGCAAGUUUGCUCGCAUUUAAAGUUUAAUCUGGUGACAAAUGCAAAUUCAAAAUAAUAUACUUACAUGUUAACAAUCACAGGAAUGUAUGUUGUUGGACAUACUAAUUAAGUUUAAUAGUGUUUAUGAUUUCAUAAAAUAAAAGUUUAAUAAAAGUAACAAUUA